AUGGAAAAAUUAAAAAUUCAACAGGAUUUUUUAGAAAUUAAAUGUAAAAAUUUUGAUAACCAAUAUAUAUCGCCAAGAAGAUCAGAAGGUAAACCCGACUACCAAGUAUAUGCAUUCUAUACAUCGUGUUCGCUUAGAGUAUAUUUUAUGUUUGACGAAUUGAAUAUCCCAUAUCAAGAUUGCCCAAUUAAUAUAAGAUUGGGUGAACACUAUAAAGGAGAAUUUGCCGAAAUCACACCCAACAAUAAAAUUCCAAUGCUCGUUGAUAACACCCUACUUAAAGACAAUGGUGAACCUGAUGAACCAUUGAGAAUUUUUGAAUCUGGUGCCAUUUUAUUAUAUCUAGCUGAAAAGUACCCAGAGUCCUCACUUUUACCACCCAUUAGUAAACCAAGAGAACGUAGUGAAACUACACAAUGGUUGAUAUGGCAAGUGUCUGAAAUGGGCCCAUGCAUAUCCCAAUAUGUAUACUAUUUUUUUUAUGCUAGCGAACCAAUACCAUUUGGUAUGAAAAAAGCCCAAAAAGAUGUAAUGGACAUACUAAAUGUUUUGAACAAACGUUUGGAAGGUAGAGAAUACCUUUGUAAUAAAUACUCUAUUGCUGAUAUCGCUUUAUUCGGAUGGGGCUGCUUUUUGUAUUUCGGCAUCAUACCAGAACUAAACCAAUUUACCAAUAUAACUCGUUGGAUGAACACAAUGAUACAAAAACCCACCUAUCAAAAAUUUUUACCCAGGAUUGAACAUUCUUUAAAAAUUAGAAAUUUAAAAAGAUUGGAUAAUAAUGAAUAUUUAUUUAAUAAAUAA